AUGAUACAGGCGAACCUUGCCAAAGCCAAGACUAUGAUUGAGGAGGGGGGCGAUUGGGACCGUCGAAACAGGCUGAAGGUAUAUGAGGGACUCUACUUCAUGUUUGUGCGCGACUUUAAGCAGGCUGUGGACCUACUGCUAAGCACACUCUCCACAUUCACUGCAUCUGAACUCAUGGACUACGAAUCCUAUGUCAGCUAUACCGUCAUCUGUAGCGUCAUCGCUCUGGAUCGAGUGGAUCUGGCUGAGAAGGU